AUGUAUGGCCUUCAUUCGACGUGUGACUAUGCAGACAAGGCGUUGAUGUCACCGGAGACUCUGAUGAUGCCGGCAGAGUAUAAUCAGCAAUACUAUAGCCUUGUCUCGUCUUCAGUUGAUCAUCAACAUAAUCGAACAGGGAUGUUUGGAUCCGAUGAUUUUGCUGGAAGUGGAUUCCAGUAUUCUGUGGUAUCGGAUGUGGCGUCCGUUAAUAUUCAGAGGGAAACAGGCCCUGGAGAUGAUCAGGAUGAACAGGGUUCGAGCUUGAUAAAGACUAAAAUUGCUUCUCAUCCAUCUUACCCCAAGUUGCUUGAUGCUUAUAUCGAUUGCCAAAAGGUUGGAGCACCCCCAGAAAUAGCAUGUCUACUGGAUGAAAUCAGACGAGAAAACGACUUCUGUAAUCGAGAUGGAACUUCUACAUGCCUCGGAGUGGAUCCUGAGCUCGACGAAUUUAUGGAAACCUACUGUGAAACAUUGGUGAAGUACAAGUCGGAUCUAUCAAGGCCUUUUGAUGAAGCAACAUCGUUCCUCAACAAUAUUGAGACACAACUGGGCAAUCUUUGCAAAGAUGAUGGUGGUUUAUCCUCAGACGAGGAGUUUAGUGGGGGAGAAACAGAAAUGCAAGACACACAGGCUAAAGGUGAAAACCGGGAGCUCAAGGAUAGACUCUUACGAAGGUAUGGUAAUCACAUAAGUAGCCUAAAGCUAGAAUUUUCAAAGAAGAAGAAGAAAGGAAAGCUACCGAAAGAGGCAAGGCAAACAUUACUUGAAUGGUGGAAAGUUCACGAUAAAUGGCCCUAUCCAACGGAAGCAGAUAAAAUUUCACUGGCCGAAUCGACAGGCUUAGACCAGAAGCAAAUCAACAACUGGUUUAUAAAUCAAAGGAAGAGGCACUGGAAGCCAUCAGAAAACAUGCAGUUGGCUGUAAUGAACAGUCUUUCUGGACCCUUUUUCACUGAAGACUGA